AUGUCUAUCGUCCUCGACCCUCCCGAGUUGUCCUUCAAGAGGCCCUUCAACCGUGAAGUCUGCCAGAUCCUCCACCUCAAUAAUGAGAACUCCGAACCCGUCGUCUUCAAGGUCAAAACGACAGCUCCCAAACACUACUGUGUCCGACCGAACUCCGGACGGAUAGAGCCCGGAAAGACGGUCGAUGUCCAAGUUCUACUGCAAGCUAUGAAGGAAGAGCCCGCCCCUGACGCCAAGUGCAAGGACAAGUUCCUGGUCCAGACCGUUGCCGUCACCCGCGACAUGGAGUUCGCAAACGUCACUUCAAUUUUCGAAAAAUCAUCAAAGUCCGCCAUCCAGGAGCGCAAGAUUCGUGUGAACUGGUUGCCCGCCGGAGACUCCCCGGUUGCGGAGCAAGGGGCUGAGACGAAUGGCGCGACGCCUGCCGUCGGUGCCUCCAGCAAAGCCAACGACACGUCACCAAUCCCACCGCCUGAUUUCCAAGAGAAGCCCAAGCGGGAAUCUUCUACCCGACAGACCGCCGACGUCCCCACCACAUCUGCCAGCUCUUCCGUGGACGAGCUGAAGUCGCAGCUCUCCGAAGCCAAGACCCAGAUCCAAAAUCUCAAGGACCGGCUCGCAGACCAGGGCCUGAGACAGCGCAAGAUUGGUGGCGAGACCGAGAAAUCGGGCGGUGCUGUCGUGCAGCAGCAGCAGACUCAGUCUGCCGAGGCCGGUGUUCCGGUGCAGAUUGUCGCUGGCUUGUGUCUGCUAAGUUUCCUGAUUGCGUACUUCCUUUUCUAA